AUCCUUGCUAGGUUCGUGGCUCUUCCCUCAUCUCAUAAUAGAUAGUUUCAAGACAUAGGAAUUUAAUGGAGACUCCAUUUUUAUUCUUAUCUCUCUUUCUCUUCUUCGCCUUGCUUUGCGAGGCAGCACAGACACCCCUCACGGUGCUCGACGCCGACGGAAAGGCCGUCCAAAGCGGUGUGAAGUACUACGUUGUCCCAGUGCAGCCGAAACAGGGAGGAGGGCUCGACCUAUCCUCCACCGGCAACGACACCUGCCCGAAGAGCGUCGUCCAAGUCGCCCCAAAAGUGGACGGCGACUCGGUAUCGUUCUUCCCCGUGAAACCCAAAGGCGCGGUUCGCAAUGGGACGGAUCUCAACGUCGUGUUCUCUGGCUCAAACACGGGAUGCCAGGAGUCUACUGUCUGGCAAAUCGCACACGAUCCGGAAAACGUUGACGUGGUUCAGUACGUGUUGAGCGGUGGAGAUAAGGGAAACCCGAGCUCUUCCACGGCGAGAAGCUGGUUCAUGAUUAUGAAGACCAAGAAUGGGUACAAGUUCAAGUUUUGUCCGGUGUCGUUGUGCGACUGCAAUCCUGUUUGCCAAGAUAUUGGCAUUAAGGUCGAGAACGGACACAGGCGUUUGGUAGUAGACAGUUCCCUUCCCCCUUUGGAGGUAAACUUUAAGAAGGCUUAAAUGUUCCAUCUGAUGCUAUGUUAUCUUAGGGAUAUCCGGAUAUGGAUGUAGUGGUACAAUAAACCAUCCCUCAAGAGAAAACUUGUCAAGAAUAAUUAAACAAAACAUUAUUGCGUAUAUUGGUUGUUUGGUUAAUUGGUUACAUAUAGUACGUACUAUUAUUUC